CUUCCGCAUUUAUUAUCUUAGAGCACAAGACAGUAGUGUAUAGCGAAGUUGCUGGGAAUUUUUGUUUUUGCGAAAAGUGGUACAUUACGAUCUUCAGGUAAUAGACAAGUCUCUAAGGAUUAGAGACAGGAACGAAGGAAAGACAACAAUUUGUUUUGGAACUAAUUUAAUACCUGAAGCAGUUCGCGAAUGUCUUGUCAUGGUGUAAUGACUUCGUAACCCAAUUGUAUUUGUUUAUUACUGUUGUUGGACACGUUUGAACAUAACUUUAUUUGGCAUUUAAUUUUCUGUGACAAGAUCACUUUCGCUGUAUUUGGUUGUGGCUUUGGACGGUGUUACGAAUUUCAUACAUAACUGUUUAUUACAACUAAACAGUUGGAUUACUUUGAAUAUGCUAUUUUUCGAAUUGGGUAAGGGAGUGGAAUACUUGAUAAAAAAAGCUUUUUUCGUCUACUGUUGAGAGUCAUGAUAAAGGCACGGUUUCACGUAUGUGUAGUGUCGUGUCAAAUGCUUGCUAUUUUCGCCCUGUAUGAUAAAAUCGCUAUGUGUGUCUCUCGUAACUACGUAGAAGAAGCGGAUGAGAGUGUGAUGUGUUAUGUGAAGUUACUGGAACAAUUUCUCUGUGCUGUGAUCCACGUGAAAGUCAGUGUUAAAUAUUUGGUGACAGGCGGAAAGGGCCCCCAUUGAAAAUAUUAGAAUGGUUAUGUUGACGUGCACACCGCAUGUAAUAUAAUAAUGUUUGUGAAGGGACAACCAGAAACAAGAGAGAAUUGUUCUAUGAUCUGAUGUAUACCUCUUUCAGAUUACAGAGUGAGCAGUUUGAUUGUCAUUUCUUUUGACACAGGGGCCCAUAGUUAUUGCUAAUCAUUUCAUAGAUUCGUUACAUUGGGAUGAAAGAAAGUGCUGUGUAAUCCAUUCAUUAUGUCGGUUUUCAUUGUGUAUUUAUUAUUCGUCUAGUUCGUUCAUUGAAUCGUUUAAGAAUUCAAAGUACAGCGUAGAGUGGAACGAUUAUAAUUACAGAUUCUAUUCUGUAGUCACCAUUUGUUAGUACUGAAAGGAUUAUAAAACGCUUUGUCAAGGAAAGCUUUGGAGUCAAACCGUUUGGUUUGACCCUCGCUGUAAGCGUAUAAUUUUGUGUGAAGUCCUUCUCCUCUCCCUCGGGUUGGAGUCGAAUCAUGUUUGAACAUAGUUGGCGUAUUGUUGCAUUUGGUGGCGCGCGCUUGUGGGUGUUCAUGUCUGAAGAUGUUUUAUGUGUGGCAUUCGGUGAUGUGAAUUUUUAUAACAAUUAUGUGGACUUGCUGGAAGAACGUAUUACAGUCGCCAGUGAGUUGAUCUAUUGUUUUGGGGGAUUAUGUGCUCAUGUUGUUUGGUAUGGACUGACAUGUGUUAGUGCUUUCUUGUUUUUUGUUGGCAUAGAUAUGACAGAUAAAAUGUGUUAUGCUAUGCAGUUCCACAUGGUAACGAUAUGACAGUGAUAAGGUUUAUGCAGCGGUUUGGUGUGAUUGCCUACUAUGUGGGAUGUGGUGUGUAAAGAGAAUAUGAAGUUAACUAAGAGUCCUGUCUCCUUGGAUCAGUGACCUGUGUAUGUGACUCUGACACCACAACAAUAUUUUGAGAUCUAUUCAAUGGAGGACCUUGUUUUAGCUAUCAGGAAGAUUGUUUUAGUCCAAUAUUAUGUUGGUUAGCGUUCAUCUUUCCAAUUUUUUAUGUGUGAAUGGUAUUAGUUUUUAUCUGUUCUAUUUCCUUGUGGGUGUUGUGAUUAGGACUAGUAUUCUGUGGGUUGGUUGAUUGAGAGGUUGUGGUUGUUUGGAGGUGUUUGUUCCGUUUUUGUUAAUUGUGUGUUGGGGGCAUGAGGGGGCAUCUUGUAUUCGUCGGCGGCUGUGGUUGACGUGUACUGUGGCAGCCAUGGAUGACAUGAAUACUAUCUGGAUAAAACAAGAGAUAACAGAUGAGGUACCUUCUGAGCCGGACCCUAUGGUUCUUGAAGAUCCAGAGGGGAACUCCUGCCCCACUGACUUUAUCAAAGAGGAUCCUGAACCAAAUUUGCAUGUGGAUGAAACUGAGAAUAUUGUGUUAUCCUCAAUGAGAUGUGCUUCUGAUAGUGUCAGGUUGGUUCAUAGUAUGGGUGAGAGCUGUGGCAUUUCAAUUGAAGAAACUGUUCAUGAAGGAGUAAUCCAUGACAAGCUGGAGAGAGGUGCAGAGGACACAGUACCUGUCUACAUAUGUGGUACCCAUACACAAGGAUUGACUUUGCAAGAGGAUAGCUCAUUCAGCACCAGACCCAAUUGUAGUUUGAGUGAAAUGGAAUUGCAUGAAUUUAGUUGCAGUUUCUGCUUACAGAUAUUUCCUUCAAAAUACAGGCUUAUAAUGCAUAUCUUCACCCACAUUGAUGGUGUACAGCCACCUAUAUUUGUUUGUAGGUCAUGUGGGGAGGUAUUUUCCAGUAAGUAUAGCUUGAAUAAACAUUUGAAAGGGAGUGGAGGAGAUGAAGCCUUAUCUGCUGGCAAUAGAGAGAUAUUUGACAGCUGUGAUGAGCAUGAAAACAUUAUCUUGGAAGAUGAUAAAGCAGUUUCUGUAACAGAACAAGAUGAGAAGCAGUUUUCACACAAAGAAACUUUGAAAACUUUAAAGAAUUCCAUGAAAGACGUAUGUCACACACAGAGUAUAACACGUGUUGCAGAGAGACAUGACAAAAGUUAUAGUUAUGGAACUUUAUGUAUAGCAGAUAAUGCCAGUACUGAUGCUGCUUUAGUUACUGUAAAGAGACCCCACAAAUGUGAUAUCUGUGGCAAAUCUUUCAUUGAAUUGCGUCAUCUGAAGACACAUUUGUUGAUUCACACUGGAGAGAGACCGCACAAAUGCGAUAUUUGUGGUAAAUCUUUUAUUCAGUUGGCUCAUCUCAACAGUCAUUCAUUAAUACAUUCUGGAAAGAAACCACACAAAUGUGAUAUUUGUGACAAAUCUUUUAUUGAGUUGCGCUAUCUCAAGAGGCAUUCUUUGGUUCACACUGGCAAGAGGCUAUACAAAUGUGAUAUUUGUGGCAACUCUUUUACACACUUGCAUAAUCUCAAGAGGCAUGAAUUACUACACGCUGGGUAUAGGCCUCAUAAAUGUGAUAUUUGUGGCAAAUGUUUUGCUCAGUUGGAUACUCUGAAGAGCCACACAUUAAUGCACUCUGGCGAGAGACCCCACAAAUGUGACAUUUGUGGUAAAACUUUUACUGAGUUGCGUCGGCUCAAGAAACAUGCAACGAUUCACUCAGGAAAAAGACCACAUGAAUGCAAAAUUUGUGGCAAGUCUUUUAUUCAGAGGGGUCAUCUUAAGAGCCAUGUACUAAUACACAUCGGAAAUAGACCUCAGGAGUAUGCUACCUAAGGCAAAGAAUUUGCCCUUGUUGGUGCCCUCAAGGUCCACAUAAUAAUACAUAUUGGAGGAAGACGUUGACACCUUUAAAACCCUCAACAUGCCUCAGGUUUCUGAAGAUAUAUGCACUAGAAAGAAGUCACAGAGAAUGUGACACAUCAAUUUGUUUAGCUAGAUAUUUCAUGAAGUUGCAGUACUAAAAAUCAGAAACCAAUCACCGUAUGUGGUUUCUGUGAUUGAUACUGCUAUGUCCCUAUUGCACUUCAUAAGUUCAUCAUUGUAGAGAAAUUGCUUGCCUACAUUAGUAAUGGAACAUAUGCAGUAUUCAUCACUCCACAUACCUGAAGGAAAUGUAAUGGUUUGGCAGUUAUCAUUCUAAAAAUGUGGUCUCAAGAUUCAUACUAGGCAUAGCAUUACUCACGCGAUCAUCCAAAUAAGCACUCGCGAUCUACCAGUAGAUCGCGAUUGACGUGUUGCCGACCCCUGUUCUAAAUAAACCUACAAAGUAAGGGAUCAUGAUUUAUCCCUUGUGUGAUGUAAAGAGAUUUUAUAUCAUGAAUUUUGAGCUUUAUUGUGGCAAGCAGUGGCAGUUUGAAUGGCUUGCCUGCUGAAGGGUUAAUUAAGAGGCACAAUUAGUAUUGUACUAAAUACAUACACAGGAAUUUUUUCAGUUUCAUGCAUUCUAAAUGUGAUUUCUUAUUGUGUAUUUUUCUUACAAUCUGUGAAUAAACGUGAUGUUUUUCAGAACUCUCU